AUGACUGAAGUACCUCCACAUCUUCAGCCUCCAAAGCAAAUCCAAAAAGUACAAGAGAAGAAGGCAGAGUAUAUCUUUUCUUUCCCAAUUAUAUAUGCUUUACCUGAACAAGCUCCUUAUAUUUUAAAAAGAAUUGAUAAACGUCUUGGAAUUAAUGAACUGACAAAGAACAAAGAGUAA